AUGUCACGACGCGUCGGGCUCCUCGAUCAUUGGCAUGGCGGCAGCAGCCGUAAAAAAGCCGACAACAGGCGACAACUGGCAACAACCGAAGACAAGUCAUCUACGUCUGAGCAUGGAGGUAGCUAUUUCUACCUCCAUGAUCUGAGAGCUGAUGUCAACUUGAGCAACAGUGGAACAAGAUGGACCGCCUGCCAUUGUGCUGCAUUUCAAGGUCAUGGUCGAGUAAUCAUGAAACUCAUGGAAAGAAAACCAGAACUCUCAUUGAAGGACAGCAGAGGAAGGACAUCAGUUGAUUUUGCAUCAGCAUUAGAGACCAUCUGGCCAUUCUUUGCAGCGGAAGGAUGUAGGCGGACACCCAAAGCAGAUCUUAUCAGACUUGAUAUUGUUCAAAAGGUGAAAGACUAUGACCCAAGCAUUCCCCAGGAUUUAGCUCAUUUUUCCAGGCCAGGAUCAGCGUAUGCAAUGAGGUCUCAAUCUCUACGAGGAGAGAGCAAUCAAAACAAGAGUUAUGCAUCUCAGAUGGGUGACGUACUGGCUGAGGAAGAUGAGGGGAUUCAGAAUGCCAGAAAUCAAGAUCCUUCUUUCAAUAUCUGGAGGAGUUGAUAAAGGAAUGUAACUUUUGUGCAUCGGACACAAGUUCUGAUGGCUGGAUCGUAUGGGUUCUAAUCCCGGUCAUGACACUCUUGUGUUCUUGGAAAAGACAUUUAACUACAUUGGGAGACUUUUACACAGUCCUUUGUCACAGUAUUGUACGUGCUCAGACCUACGUGCGCAAAAUGGAGCAAACGCUUGCUUGCUCAGAGCCGCAAGAAAGGGCCGACAUGUCUGCUGCCGCCAGCGUCUCAAAGGACUCCUAUUGACCCCUUGCAUGCGGGUCACACGC